AUGCAGAUGCUCUCUCGCCAUCGCCAUCGCCAUGGGCGCCGCCUCGUCCAUUUCGUGCUCAAGCCCCCACCUUUCUCCACCACCAACGCCGCCAGCGCCCCGCCUCCGCCUCCGCCUCCCGUCUGCACCCCAGACGCCGCCCCCCUCGUCUUCUCGCUCCGCGACCACGACCCCGGCGCGCUAGCCCCCGACGACGCCAUCGCGGCACUCUCCUCCCUCGCGGAAUCCGAUGGCUCCGCCGCGGCGCUCGCGUUUUUCCGCCGCCUGGCUGCCCGCCCGGACGCGCGCCACCUCAUGCGUCUCUACGUCACCGCCGCGACCGCCUUCGUCGCGAGGGGCAGCCUCCCCAUGGCGCACGAGGCCAUGCGCCGGAUGGUCGCCGCCUUCGCCGAGGCGGGCCGUCUCCCGGAGGCCGCGGACAUGGUCUUCGAGAUGCGCAGCCACGGGCUUCCCUUCUGCGUCGAGACGGCCAACUGGAUCCUCACGGCCGGGCUGCACUCCAGGAACUUCGCCUACGCGCGCAAGGUGUUCGACGGAAUGGUGACCCGUGGCGGGGUGUGCCCUGAUGCGCGCAGCUUCCGGGCGCUGGUCUUAGGGUGCUGCAGGGAAGGCCGGGUGGAGGAGGUGGAAGCCUUGUUGGCCGCAAUGUGGGGGCAGGGAUUCUGCCUGGACAACGCGACAUGCACGGUGGUCGUGCGCACCUUCUGCAAGAAGGGCCGUUUUAGGGAUGUGUCUGGGUUCUUCAGGAGGAUGCUUGAGAUGGGCACCCCACCGAACGUGGUGAAUUACACUGUGUGGAUUGAUGGUCUGUGCAAGAGAGGGCAUGUCAAGCAGGCGUUCCGUGUACUGGAGGAGAUGGUCGGAAAAGGAUUGAAGCCGAAUGUGUACACACACACGUCGUUGAUCAAUGGGCUCUGUAAGAUUGGGUGGACGGAGCGGGCGUUCAGGCUUUUCUUGAAGCUCAUCAAGAGUAGUUCAUACAAGCCGAAUGUGCAUACGUACACUGUGAUGAUUGGAGGGUACUGUAAUGAGGGUAAGCUUGCUCGAGCUGAGAUGCUUCUUGGAAGGAUGCUUGAGCAGGGGUUGACACCAAACACAAACACAUACACUACGCUGAUUAGUGGCCACUGCAAAGGAGGCAGCUUUGAUCGUGCCUUUGAGCUGAUGAAUAAGAUGACUCGUGAAGGCUCCCUGCCCAACAUUUACACAUACAAUGCUGUCAUUGAUGGCCUCCUCAAGAAAGGAAAAAUUGAAGAGGCCUACAAGGUGCUCCGGAGGGCCACUACUCAAGGGCUUGAGCUUGAUAAAGUCACAUAUACUAUAUUCAUAACUGAACACUGCAAACAAGGUCACAUAACAUAUGCUCUAGAUUUGUUCAACCGGAUGAUUGAAAAUGGUUGCCAUCCUGACAUAGAAACAUACACCACCCUUAUUGCUACAUAUUGCCAGCAGAGACAAAUGGAAGAAAGCCAAAAGCUGUUUGACAAGUGUCUCGCGAUAGAAUUAGUGCCAACAACACAAACUUAUACCUCAAUGAUUGCAGGCUACUGUAAAGUUGGCAAAUCAACCUCAGCUUUGAGAGUCUUUGAUACAAUGGUCCAAAAUGGAUGCCUCGCUGACUCUAUAACUUAUGGAGCUCUAAUAAGUGGGCUCUGCAAGGAAUCGAGACUAGAGGAAGCACGUGCACUAUAUGAAGGCAUGCUUGAUAAACAUUUGGUGCCAUGUGAAGUAACUCCUGUCACUUUAGCUUUUGAAUAUUGCAGGAGGGAAAGGACAAGUGUUGCUCUAUCAAUCUUGGAUAGACUGGAUAAACGGCGACAGAUUCACGCAACAAAUGUGCUAGUUAGAAAGCUCAGUGCUAUGGGAAAUGUGGAUGAUGCAAGUCUUCUCCUAAAAAGGGUUUUGGAUGGGGAUUCGGCUGUUGACCGUGUAACUUAUACUGGCUUCAUCAAUUCGUGCUAUGCGAACAAUAGACAUGCCCUAGCUUCUGAAAUAUCUGACAAGAUCUCAAAAAAACCCUCUAGCUUUCAAGAAAAGAAUGCUACAGUUAUUGCUUAGUUAGGGAGAGCAAUCUAAUUGCUUGCAACUGAUAUAGAAGAAAUAUUCUACAGUAGGUGUUCACUGUUCUUCAGCUUGCCAUAGUAAAAUGGACAAGAUCUAUAUGACCUACUUCUGCUAGUGUAUUGAGUAAGAACUGCUUGAUGGAACGGCGUCCCCUGUGCAUAAACAUGUGAGAAGAAAUAAGGAGAACAACUCUAUGUUGGCGGUAUUCAACAAAAUCAUAUGCAUAUGAAGGUCAUAUUUUUUACAAUCCGUCUUUGAUACGCAGAUCGGCAGAUGGGUUCGUAAAUUUGAUCCUACGCUAUUCCUACCAGAGUAUAUUGUUUCCUGUGUUGACGUGUAAAUUCUGUAUUUUUUUGCACCACAUGGCCAAAAAUUCAGCUGUCUCAUUUCUCCUUCAGAAAAUUCUUACAUGAUUCUUGGUAUCUGAACCUCACUCUUUGUUGAUGUUGGCUGCCCUCACUGGCUGUCAAACUAUUCCAGAUACAGCAACUGCGUGCAGCUGGGCUUUGGAUGGUUAUCUUUCACGAGGGCUCUUAACCUAAUCCCCAAUGUCAAGCUGGUUGGAUAUCAGAAAAUCUCUUGCAAAAACUGGGAACUGUCUAGUUAAAAUAUCUAACGAUUGCAAGUAAUACUGUGAAAGGCCCCUUCCAAUAAAAGAACAACCUGAAAACUGACCAAAACAGACAAGUAUGCUCAUAACUCAGGAAAUUCAUGUCUAGUCAGCAAAAUCUUGAUGCUUGCUGGUAUUUAAGGGGACUGGUGGCGCCUACACGGUUAUGUUAUAACUUAUUAUGCAAUGUCAGCUGCACCACAGUUGUUGGCUGGAGUGAAAAUGUCUCUCAGUCUUGAUCUCUUGUGGGUUCUAAGUGGACAUGUUUGAUGUUGAUCUCCAUAUGAUCAUUGUAAUCUGCACAUGUACGCUAACUUCUUAAGGAAAACCACUUCAUCUAGAUUGACGCCUGGCAACAUGUUUCCUUGUAUAAUAAGUAUAUCUUCAUUUUGCA